UUUAGAUAAUGGUGCGAAAUUGAAAUCCAGAAGAUAUUUACAAACCCUUAAACCUCGUCGUUUCACAAGGCGUACAAAUCACAAACACGUACCCUCAUUCCUCUCUCUCUCUACUUUCAAACCCUACGAAUCUUCUUCCGUCAAAGAAUCAAAGCAUGAAGGGAGGCAAAUCAAAGGCUGAUACCAAGAGCUCCAAGCUGGCGGUGAACAAGAAGCCAAGCAAAGCGGCUGCUAAGGAUCCAAACAAACCUAAGAGGCCUUCCAGUGCCUUCUUCGUUUUCAUGGAGGAUUUCCGUCAGACUUACAAGAAGGAUCAUCCCACUAACAAAUCUGUUGCUGCUGUUGGCAAAGCUGGUGGACACAAGUGGAAAUCCUUGUCUGACACUGAGAAGGCUCCCUACGUUGCUAAGGCUGACAACCGCAAAGUUGAGUACGAGAAGAACAUGAAAGCCUACAACAAGAAGCUGGAGGAAGGUCCAAAGGAGGACGAGGAGGAAUCUGACAAGUCCGUGUCUGAGGUUAAUGAUGAGGAUGAUGCCGAUGAUGGGAGUGAUGAGGAGGAAGACGAUGACUAGGACGUUUAUGUUUGGUGGCAUAAUAUAGGACGCUGCAAGGAUCUCAAGCAUGUUCGUUCUUUCUUAUCUUCUCUUAUAAUGUUAACGAGAGAUUUGCAGCUCUUUAUAAAAUAUUAAGCCUUUUUAUAGCUCGUCGUUUGUUAUGAUCUUAAUGCUCUUUUUAAUCUCUUCGACCUCUAAUGAAAUGGUGACAUGGUUGCUUAUUA